UGAAACUUCUCUGACAUUUCUGAGAAAGACUACGGAGGUUACCUGAAGGCAAGUUGAAUGCAUGGAUUCUCACACGCUUCAUGAAGAAUGAGCCUACGAGACUUUCAGCUCUACCUCAUGGACACUUUGAAAUGCUGGAGGUCACUACAUGAAUGCAUUGUUGUGUUCAUGUUCCUUAUAAUAGUCAGCAAAGGGUCAGCAUGUGAGGCUCCUUCCAGUCCCGAGUGCUUCAGAAGAAAAGCUGACGAGUCUGUUUACAUUUGUGAAUGGAGCAUGAAUUCGACUGAGAGUAAUGUGACAUUUGAUGUUUACUUUAAUAAUAAAACAAAGUUCACAAGCUCAGAGAAGACGUAUACCAUCAAUGAGGAAUACAUCAGGAUCAGAUAUUCUGCUGUUCACAUUUGGGUGGAAGCUCGAGUAGGAAACUCCAGCUGCACGUCGCCCAGGAAGUCUGUGGUACUCGGCGACACAGUUAAGUAUGAAGCACCACAAAAUAUUUCCAUGUCCUGGUUUAAAAACAACCUCAACUUAAGCUGGAUAGCUGCAGAGGAGUAUCCAGCUUUAGCCGAGAUCCGCUUCAGACGCAACGGAAACCCCACAGAACCAUGGGGAAAAAGAACAACGAAUACCACCAGUACCCUUUUUAUGUGCCAUGUUAUUGUUGCUGAUCUGCUGAAGGAUUCAGUUUACCAGGUUCAAGUCAGACAUCGGUCCACUCAGGUCCUCAACCCACUGUGGAGCGACUGGUCUCCAGUUGUGACUGUUCCUGCAGAGCUUCAACAAAAACCUGAAGUCAACAUGAUGAUAACGCAUUUAAAUGGCACUCGAAAGGUGACACUAAGUUGGAAGUCGAUGCCACAUGCAGCUGCAGUCACAGGACUGAGUUACAGCCUGACACAGUCUUCAGAUGGAUGUCCUUGCAAGAAAAAAAGACAUCCCAUCAACGUGAGACAACGCAUUACUACUUAUGUCUCGUUAUCUGCCGUCAACAUCUCUCUAAUCGCCAGAAACACAGCAGGGUGUUCUCCACCAGCUAUCUUACAAGUACCGGCCGAACCUGCUGCAGAUUUAAAAAUUUGUGAGAAGACGUUACUGGAUGAAAAUAGGAAAAAUUGCCAUGAGUGGUACCAGCUUCAAGAUGGAGAUUCAAGGCCAGAACAUGUGAUCACCUUAACGGCAAGAAAGUCAAAAAAGGAAAGGGAUCUAAUAAAAAUGAACAUAAAGGACUAUGUUCGCUACCUUUACUUUGAACACAGAUGUGACGGCGGUUUGAAACCACAGACAGUUAAAGCGUGCCUCUUUUAUCAAAAAGAGGGGGUUCCACUCAGAGAACCUCAGGACCUUAUUGCUAUCAGUGAAAAACACACUUCUGCUGAGUUGUCUUGGAAAGGGAUUCCCUUUGUGGACCAGCGAGGUUUCCUUACACAUCACAUCCUCUGCAGCGUGAAAGUCAGCUCACAGGAUGAGUUGAAAGAGUGCCGUAACAUAUCCGCCUCUGUGACAAAACACCGUCUGGAAAACUUGACACCGAGAACGAAAUACAACAUCAGCCUAGUUGGAGUGACAGGUGCGGGAGAAGGACCUGAAGCCACAGUAGUUAUCAACACGCUCCCUGAGAAGACUGUGAAUGUGUGGUGGAGUCUGGGCUUGCUGUGUCUGUUCUUUUUCCUCACAACAAUGUGCACCUGCAUCUUGAAGAGAAUAAAAAACAAGAUCUUACAUCCAGUGCCGACACCUGUAAUUCCAGAUUUCAUCCUGUAUCAACCAGAGAUUCGGGAGUUUCUGGAGGGAAAGGAGGAAGUGGACGAGCUGACGCUGCACAAGCAUCCAGAGGACAAGUCUUUCCCUGAGGACGCAGAGGAGGCCACCGUCCUCACGAGGGAGUGGGACGACGGCACUGACGAGGACGACGGGGUUGAUUCAAUGAUGUCAGAAGAUGAGUGUCCCAGCUCCACACAUGAGGCACUGAAGAGCUCCAGAGAAGGAGAAAUGACUGAUCUGGAACAAGUGGACAACGAGAUCGCCAUGCUGAUAUACAGGAAUGGUUUGGUCUUCGAUGUCAAGAUGGACUCUCCUUAAAAUGGAUUCAAAUGAGGGUUUAACUUCCUCACAGCACAACAUUGUAUUCUAAAGACUGGACAAACUAUUUUUGAUGUUAAAACAUUGUCUUUUUCUAUAAUGUUGAAUGAAAGGUGACUUGCAGAAUAAUUUACUGAAGAGGAAAAUAUUGGUCUGAUGUAUGUUGAAUUGUUCCAGUGACCUUUUUUUAAUUGUUGUUGUUAAAUCCUGGUUUUGAUUUUUAUGAUUUUCUUUCUUCUUAUUUAGAUGUUAGACAAAAAGAUUCUUAACAACUAUUAGAUGGAUUCCCAUGAAAUUUAUCAAAGACAUUUAUGAUCCCUAGAGGAGGAACCUUAAGGAGUUUAAAUUGUUUCCUUUUCACCACCAGAAGGUUAAAGUUUGACUUACCCUGUAGAAUAUUUUGAUAUCUACGAGAUGAAUUGGCACACCAUUUUGAGAGUCAUGGUCACCAAACAUCUUCAAAACUAAUGACCAUCAUCAGCUCAGCUGCAUUUUGUCUUCUGUGCUUGAAAUGUUUAUAUUCAUGUAUCAUGCAAUAACUGCAAUUAUGUAAGGAUUCAUUAUAUAAUCCAAGCACUGGAUUUUAAAUCAAAGAGCAGAAGUACAUGACCUGAACAAUUUCUAAUGGCAACGUUUUUGAGUUAUGUUUACUUUACGAGGCCUUUUUUCUUUUUACAAUAAACAUUACAGCCUUGCAGAGCUACACAAGUCACUGUAGACUCUUGUUAGUAGCUACAUCUUUUUUAUUUUUAUUACAACAUUAGAAAUGUGCAAACAAAACAUAUGAGAUUUCUUGUUGAAGAGUCUAUA